AUGACGAACAUUGACCCCUCUUCUACAUCUGAGAUCACUCAACCAAAGAAACAAAUCAAUCUCCUUCGGGGGUGGCCAAACACCGAGCUGCUUCCAACAGCGGCCAUUCAAAAUGCAGCAAACAAGGUCUUUACAAAUGCCGAUCUUGCUAAUCCAGGAUUAUUAUACGGACCUGAUUCAGGACCAGCGAGUUUGAGAGAGAGCGUCGCUACAUGGCUUCGAGAAUUUUACUCUGAAUAUUAUCCUCCCUUAGGGUCCAGCACCAGUGUCGAGGAAAAAAGCGUCCCAUUGAAUCAAGAUAACCAAGGCAAAGAAAUCUCGCCAGAAGCAGAUAGGAUAUGUAUUACAGGAGGAGCAUCACAGAAUCUAGCAUGUAUAUUGCAAACGUUUACGGAUCCGAUGGUUACGAGGGUGUGGAUGGUUACGCCGGGGUAUUUUUUGGCCGGGAGGAUUUUUGAUGAUAGCGGGUUGAGGGUCAAGGCUGUUGGGGAUGGGGAUGAGGGUGUGGAUUUGGAGGACCUGGAGAAAAUGAUGGAGGGAGCUGGGAAGGAGGACAUGGGGUUGAAGCCUAUUAAAGAUGUGCAAUCUAGACCUUGGGGCAAAAUCUAUAAAAAUAUCAUCUACUGCGUCCCUACCUUCUCGAACCCAUCUGGAAAAACUAUGUCUCUAUCAUGUCGCAUCUCGCUCGUCAAAUUAGCUCGCAAAUACGAUGCUCUAAUCAUUACAGAUGAUGUCUACGAUUUCCUCCAAUGGUCUACCACUUCAUCUUCCUCGGAUAGUCCUCUCAAAAAAGCUUUCUUACCACGACUUGUAGAUAUUGACCGUACACUCGAGCCAAUCCCAGAUUCCGAGGGUUUUGGAAAUGCAGUUAGUAAUGGCUCCUUUAGUAAAAUAGCCGGUCCAGGCGUGCGAACAGGAUGGACUGAAGCGACUCCUAAAUUCGCGUUGGGACUAAGUUUGGUGGGCAGUUCGAGGAGUGGUGGCUGUGCGAGUCAAUUGACUGCUACUAUUAUUGAUCAGGUUUUGAGAUCUGGCGAUCUUGCGAGACACAUUGAGGAUGUGCUUCAACCUGCUUAUAGGAAUAGAUAUGAAAAGAUAAUGGAAGCAAUCAAGAGGGAGUUAAGACCACUGGGUGUUAAAGUUGAAAACAUCAGCACAGAAUCAAAGGAAAUUAAAGUCUUUGGAGGAUAUUUUAUCUGGUUGAAUCUUCCAGACGGCAUUGAUGGAGAAUUGAUAGCACAGAUAGCAUUGGAAGAGGAAAAUCUCGUCGUGGCUAAAGGUAGUAUAUUUGAGGUUCAAGGUGAUGAUAGUGUCAAAUUGCCGAGGGGAUUGAGACUUUGUUUCUCGUGGGAGGAACCUGAUGAUUUGGAGGAAGGAAUUGUGAGGUUGGGAAGAGUUGUCAAGAAGGUUUUGGACGGAGGUGCGAUGUACGGUUGGGAAAGGCAGGGAAAUAAAGAAUCGCUUGCGGAGUUUAAAUGA